CGAAAAGAUCCUUGCAGUGUUAAUAGGCAUUACUGCCAAUGAACUUCUACAUUGAAAGGGACUAACAGUGUCAUGAGUACAGAGACCGUUCAGGGUUCGAAGAUGGUUUCGAGAAAGGCAAAGGAUAUAGUUUCUGUAUUUCGAGAGUUGGCGAAACAAGCACAGCCGACUUCAGCAACAUUCAGCAAUCAGUCUGCAGGGGAUACACUUAUCGCAAACACAAAAUGGUCUCAGAGGGACUUACUGAGGGGAGAGAAAACAUCUUUCUCCAAAACAUACAUCCUGUCUCCAGAUGGUCCCUCAGGUCUGCGUGUUGUCAUGGCAACACCCCCACAGGAAUUCUCAAAUGUAUUAUGGAACCGGGAAUCCCCAUCUGGUCGACUGCGAGCUGUUGUCUGCAAAGUGAAGAACAAGAAAGGGGAGGAGAAGCAAUACUUUGAGAUAUGGAACUCCAGUCGGAAGGUGAAAACCUUUGAUAUACAGUGUUGUGAGAAACAUGGGAAGGUUUAUGAAGCAGACGGCCAGUUCGGCUGCCUGGAGUGGUCUCCCUCCGAAAGGUACUUGGUGUAUAUAGCUGAGAAGAAAGUCCCCAAGACUGGAAGCUUUUUCGAGGAAGACAAGCAACCUGCUGAUGAGGGUGCUAAGAAAGAGGAGAUAAUACGAGGGAAUGAACAUGUGUUCCGAGGAGACUGGGGAGAACAGCUUGUGGACAAACAUCAUCCUGUGCCGUGUGUGAUUGAUGUGAGGUCGGGCGAAGUCACAGUGCUGGACAACAUUCCGGGGGAUAUAUCUGCUGGACAGGCAAGUUGGGCCAGUGACGAUGCAGGUGUGGUGUUUGUAGGCUGGAACCAUGAUCCAUGGAGGCUAGGACUCAUCUACUGCGUCCAGAGGAGGAGUGGAAUUUACUUUGUUGAUCUGAAGAACACAAAAUGUUUGGUACUGAGUGAGGAAAACCGGUCAGUGAGGAGUCCACGCUUCAACCAGGACUGGUCAAGACUGGUAUAUUUGGACAACCCAGCCAGAGGAGGACACAGCCAGUGUUCACGGCUAAUGAUGUAUGACUGGAACACGAAGAAAACAAGUGUAGUUCAGGACAUUGUAGACUCUGCAGCAGGGGAAGAGUUCCAAGGUAUCUUUUCUGGCAACCUUCCUAGAAGACCGUGGUUACCUGGAGGAAGGGAGAUAGUGCUGACUACCUUCUGGAGGAGUAGGCAGGUGCCAGUGAUCAUUGACAUCAACUCAAAAACAGUGAGGAAACUUGAUACAGCGCCUCACACAGGCUCCAGUGUGGUGUUGGAUGUGUGGAAUAACCAUGUGAUACUCCAGUCGUCAGCUCCAGACCAGAUCCCGUACCUUAUGUUGGGUAAACUGGAUUCAGCUGAAACAAAAUGGCUGACAUUGGUGGCUGAAGAAACAAAGAUUGAUGGACUUGACUGGAAGAUUAUCCAGCAUCAGCCGUCCCAGGAAAGAGUCCAUGUCCAAUACAGUGACCUGGACUACGAGAGUGUGUUGUGCAUGCCGACAUCAGCAACCCUCCCAAGAGACUACAAGCCACCUCUCAUUGUCUUUCCACAUGGUGGCCCACACACCACGUUUGACUGCCAGUUCCAGAUGUACACAGCAGGCUUCUGUCAGUGUGGAUAUGCUGUGCUCAUGGUGAACUACCGUGGCUCUGUUGGGUUUGGUCAGAACAGUAUUGACUCUCUCCUUGGAAAUGUUGGGGAUCAAGAUGUGAAAGAUGUCUGGGCUGCAGCCACGUCUGUGAUUGAGAUGGGUGCGGUGGACCCGGAGAGGCUGCUGGUAUUUGGUGGUUCACAUGGAGGCUUCCUCACAACACAUCUGAUAGGCCAGUAUCCGACAAAAUUCAAGAGUGCAGCAUGCAGAAAUCCUGUGACAGAUUUAACCAACAAAGCUGCCUGUGGCGACCUGGCAGACAAGGUGUUUGAAGAGAUAGGACAACAGUUUGAGUUCACAUCACUGUCCAGUGCUGAGAUCCUAGGGGAACUAUGGACGAGAUCUCCCCUCAGCUAUGUCAGCCAGGUGACAACCCCAAUCCUGCUGAUGAUUGGUAAUGACGACCUUCGCGUGCCCACCACUCAGGCUCGUCAGUACUACCGCUGUCUGAAAGCCAGGAACAGAACUGUCAGAUUCCUGGCAUAUGAAGACAACUCUCAUCCCAUCAUCACUGUCCCUGCUGAGUCCGACGCCUUUGUCAACAUCAUGUUGUGGUUUGCUGAGCACAUGGAGACAUGAAGGGAAACUACCGGUUGCCAUAAGCCAUGUAGUCAGUCCUGAUGCACCUUGUGAUGUAUCUGUACCCCAGUGUCAUGUAAUCAGUCCUGAUGCAUCUGUACCCCAGUGUCAUGUAGUCAGUCCUGAUGCACCUUGUGAUGCAUCUGUACCUCAUUGCUAUGUUAUAUGAUGAUGUUUACACAAUCAAUCAAAUAAAUCAUUGGAUAGGAAUCUUUCUCAGUAAUGUGUAUCGAGCAAUCUUCUGUUCACAUGUUCUGUGAAAACUACAAAGGAAUGCCACUUUAAAACUAUCACUGUUCAAUAUUCAGGUGCACUGCAUUCUAAUUGUCAAGUUGUUUGUCAGCAGUAUUCCAGCUAUGUCAUGUCCACUUGGUCCAGACAAACCAGUGAAUGAUAUACUGUUCUCCCGGGUUGUAUAGCCACCUUUCAUCCAGCGGAAAAUACGGCAUUAUAACCAGGGAGGUGAAAACCAGACCUUACUGACAUGAUAUUUGCAGGAAUUAAAUAAGAACCAAGACACAUCUAUUCAAUGCAAGCUAUUUAUUCAAACAAGACUUCGUCAUAUACUUUGCCUAACCUGGGGUCAAAUGUGGACAAUUGAGAAAGUUUGAAAAAAGACUUUGACAUAAGUCAGCCUUGUGUCAAUCAAGUGUGAGCAGUGCUCUAAAUCCCUAGCGUGUGGAUUGGCCAGUGCCUACCUUUGCGGGGUUUUAAUAUUGAUACCAACUGUCCAUGCAAAAUGUCGUUUCCAGAACAGAUCUUGAAAAACAUACAAUAUUUCUUCACCAAACUUGGUACUUAGAUAGGUCUAGUUGUGAAUUGGUGCCUUUUGAUGGCUUGGUUUUUUAAAAAUAAAAAAUAUUUUUUGAGUAUAUCAUAAUAAUAAAUAUUUACCAUUUCACAGGAUAUAGAUGACUUAAUUUGUUUGCUAUUUCAAGAAAGUGAAUGGUUCUCUGAAAACAACUGAGAUCAAUGCGAUAAGUUUGUUGAUUUAGGAGAGGUAAUUAACUUGUAAAGAUACUACAUUGGCAAUUUUUUGCAGAAAUGAAAAAAAAUCGUAACAGCUUUAUAACCAGGGGAUUGGAAUGAUUGUUGUGAAAAGCAUCAUAACCAGGGCAUUUUGCACUGCAGAAGUCCGUUCUGAGAAAAACAUGGCAUUAUAACCAGAGAGGGCUAUAUAUAUAUUAUGAACCACGUGUCACGUUGUUGCGGUACAAUGACACAUAAUUAACCAAUCCUCCGACCCCCUGAUCCAUUUAGUCAACCCAUAAGUCAAGCCUUGAUUACCUGGGACCUAUGCUGCCCUGGAAUCUGUAUUGUCAUCAUCCUGAUUGAACAGAGCUAGGAAAUAGGUCAAGGUAUAAAAAUGGUAUAUCUUUGACAGUUUGUUAUCAAUAAAGAUGACGGAGUGACUUUCAGCCAUACAUUCAGUGCACAACAGUCACAAUGCCAGAAAGUCUUACAUGCAUAGUUGCUGUUGAUCAGAAUGUUUGUUAGAAGGAACCUGUUUUAUUGGGGCAUUAUUGCCUGGCUUUGCCAUUCUUUUCAUAUCAUUGGAUAUCCAAGAAUGCCACUUCUAAAUAGUAAAAUCCAUAUUUCACCUUUGAGAAAGUCAUUAGCUUCAGAGUGUAUAUGCACUCACAUGGUUUUGUGUAAGUGCUGCUAACAACCAAUGUAUUUCCCCUGGUAUGUGGGCAGUAACUGUGUGCAAGUGAUUUAAGCUACUUUGUGUCAAGGGUAACAGGGAAUUGAAUUAAUUGUCCUUGUUUCAUUACAUUCAUGUCAGUGUGUGACAGAUAGGUAACAAAUAAACCUGUAUUUAAUUUGUUGAAAUA